UGCUGGUGAGAACUAGGAAGUUUUCACUUGGAGUAACCUGCACUACAGUUAGUCUAAGUAGCCUAAGUGGACGGAAUAAUUGAUGAGUGAAGAGGUGCCAACCUAAUUUUAGGGGAGGAUAUACUAAAUUAUCGUAUCGUAUUCCAACGUCGACCCUACAUUCGCAAUACAGGCAUUGAACGACCAGUGAGUGACCUGUCAACUUCUCGACAAUUGGCAGUGUCGCUUUGUGGUCUUCGCAGGCUGGUUUAACUAUGCUGAAAGAGAAGGCACUGAGGUUGUUUGUUUUUUGUUUCUGUCUUUGGAUUGCAGUGAGGUUUUUUCUUCAUGAGAGUGACGGAACAAAGAAUGUUGAGAGGGCUUUACCUCAGCAGAACUCGCAGGAUGAGAAAAGCGGUGUGAAUGGACAGAAAUCAGGGGCCUUUGAUUGGGCUCCUCAUGGAGAAAAGGACUCGGCAAAUCUCAAGGCAAAGCUCAAGGCUGAGGUAGAGGAGAUGCCAAAGCAAUCGAGAUCACACACACAGCUGCCAAGUGAGUUAAAAAGAUCCACUGAUGAUCCACAAAGACCCAUCAAGGAUCUACAGCGCAUCGUACACUUAGAUCUGAAAGGUGCUGCGCCAAAAGUGGAAUAUCUCGAACAGAUCUUCCCUCUCUUCUCAUCUCUUGGAGCAAGUGCAGUUCUGAUGGAGUAUGAAGACAUGUUUCCAUAUGAUGGAAACCUUACUCUUCUAAGAUCCUCAUUUGCAUACAGUGUGAAAGACAUCAUGGAAAUAAAACGGCUAGCGACAAUCAGUAACCUCGAGAUUAUUCCACUGGUGCAAACAUUUGGACACCUUGAGUUUGUUUUGAAACAUGACAAAUAUUUCGACUUAAGGGAGGUGGCAGAGUUCCCCAACAGCCUGAAUCCGCGUAUUCCCGGCUCCCUGGCACUGCUGAAGGACAUGCUGGCACAGGUCAUGAAGCUGCAUCCAGAAGCAAAGCACUUCCACAUCGGAUGUGAUGAGGUGUAUGGCCUGGGAAAGGUCCAGGGUUCCAACACGAUAAGUCAAGAGAAACUUGGGCAGCUCUACCUCAGUCAUGUUACUGCGGUGGGAAUGUUUAUGACUAAGACCUGGCCCAGUGUGAAACUACUUAUUUGGGACGACAUGCUGAGGAAGAUCAGCGUUAAUGCAUUGAAAGAAUCAGGGUUGCCAAAACUAGCAGCCCCGGUGGUUUGGACAUAUUUACCAAAGCUGGACUUCAAAGCCAUAAGUGGCUGGUUAUCUAAAUACCAGGAGACUGGGUUCAAGCAUGUGUGGUUUGCAAGUGCAUUUAAAGGUGCAUCAGGAACUGACCAGAUGUGGACACCAUUUGGAAUCCACCUACAAAACCACUUGUCUUGGCUGGACAUUGUAGGGCACAUGAGCAGCUAUCCUGACUUAACACUUGAGGGAUUAAUACUAACCGGCUGGCAAAGGUAUGAACACUUCAGUGCCCUGUGUGAGCUGCUCCCAGUAGGGAUCCCUUCCCUAGCUGUGUGUCUCCAGACUCUUAAGCAUGGUUCGUUUAAUGAUAAGGCAAAAGCAGAGGUUCACCAUAUCUUGGGCUGUGAAGUACAAUUGGAUAAAGAAUUAUGUUAUGGCAGUGGUGCCUUUGCUGGAGCUGAGCUUUAUCACCUGGUGCGCCAUAUCCACAUACAUUUCAAAUCAUCAGUGGACAACGUCUUGCAGGAUGGAUACCUGAGAGGGACUUUUACUCGGUAUCAUCGCAAGUACAGCUUUGGAAAUCCACGAAAUCUAGGCUUAUUCCAACCUAAGCUGAUAAGGACACUGAAGGAAUGGGAGGAUGUGAUGAAGAACCUCCACUCUAAAAUGGAAGCCAUCUUCUUUCCAGACACGAUUGAGGAGUGGAUGGAGGAGAAUGUCAACCAGCAUAUGGACUUGCUCCGGAACAUGGUGCAGGACGUACAGAGCAUCAGCCAGCGCAAAGGACGUCCAAAAUCCCAAAAGGCUUGAUGAGGAUGUGACCUAAAGUAUAUAUGCGUCAAAUGCAGGGAUUUUGGGCCCCAGCCGUGGCGCGACUGGCUGGGGCACCUGCACCGCACCCCGGCGACCCGGGUUCGAUUCCCGCCCCGUGGUCCUUUCCGGAUCCCACCCCUACUCUCUCUCCUGCUUGUUUCCUGUCAUACUCUCUACUGUCCUGUCCAAUUAAAGGCAUAAAAAGCCCAAAACAAUUAUCUUAAAAAAAAAAAAAAAAAAAAUGCAGGGAUUUUGAACUACAUGGCAUUGUUCAAAUUAAACUCAUUCAUAACUACAAAAGCUAUCACUGGGCAGAAGAUGGUCUUUUGGAAAGACAGAAAGGAAUGUCCUUUUUUAAUGGACUUGUUGCAGAUUUGUUUUUGAGGAAUUGGGUUGUUUUAAACAAAAACAUGACAUAAAGGAUCUGAGGUGUUUGUGAAUGGUAUGGUGUGUAAUCAGGCUUUAGUUACAGUGGAUACGGAAGGUAGUCAGACCCUUGUUUUCCACAUUUUGUUAUGUUUCAGACUCAUCUUAAAAUGGAUUCAAUUUUUUUUUCUCAUUAAUCUACAAAAAAAAAUAAAAGACUGAAAUAUUCCAUUUACUUAAGUAUUCAGAGAUCCUUUGUUAAGACACUUGUAUUUGAGCUCUGGAGCAUCCGUCUUCUAUCAGUGUCAGCAACUUUUUUAUUUGAGAAUGAUGGAGGCUGCCCUCCCUUGGGAACUUUCAAUGCUGCAGAAUUAUUUUUUUGUAUCCUUCCCUCAGAUCCGUGUCUUCACACGACCCUGUCUCGUAUGUCUAUGACAAUUAUAUUUCAACCUUGUGGCUUGGUUUUCACUCUGCUAUACACCAUCAACUGUGAGAUCUUAUCAAAGAUCCUUCAUUACUGACAAGAUAGAGCAACAUAAUGCAUCUCUAUGGAAGCAAAAUUCGAACAGUUCCUGUCUGCUUAAAGAGGCGUAUCGCAAAGUCGUCAUAGUGGGAUAUCGAUCUCUGUCAGAUUGGCAAGCAGUUCAGUUCGAAUGUUUCUGGGUCUGCUUAAAGGGGGAUUUCGCCCCCCUCCCCUUUGCGAAAACAGAACGCAGAAAUGUUCGAACGUUUGCGCCUCUCACUCCGCUUUAAACCUCUCUGAUCUUAUAUAAAGAGGUGUGUGCCUCACCUAAUAAUGGCCAGUGAAUUAGACAGGUGGACUCUAAUCGAGUUCUAGAAGCAUGCAGGACCAUUGAUAGAAGUAGGAUGCACCAGAGCUCGAUUGCAAGUGUCACAACAAAGGGUCUGAAUACUCAUGUUAAUGGAAUAUUUCAUCAUUUUAUUUUAUUUUUAUAAAUUCACAAACACCUGCUUUUUUUGUUGAGUGUUGGAGUAUUUUGUGUAGAUUGAUGAGGAAAAGAAUGAAUCUAUUUUAAUAUUACUCUGAAAUAUAACAAAAUGUGAAAUACCUGAAAGGAUCUUAAUACUUUCCGUACCCACUGUAGCCUAUAUAUAAAAAAACAAAGCAUUUUAUACUGUCUUCCUCUGUUAUUCAUCUGUUGCCACAGUGUGUGGAUCUGACUGCCAAAAGAGGCAGGUUAUAGGCCAAUGUGCAGUUUACCUCAUUUGCUUUGAAAUCAUUUUACCUUGAGUGUACAGUAAUAUUAUGUUCUGUAAAAAGCAAAAACAACAUGACAGGAAUUGGGUGGGCUAUGUGAAAAAUGAAAACAUUUGGCUCCAGUAGGCCUACACCUACUGACAAUAUUCUUAAAUUCUUCUCCAAAAUUAGGCUGGGCCCACAUUUUUUUAUUUGUUCUGUAGACCUGUUCUGUAGUUUGUUCUGUAACCUCUGAGUUUUGGGGUGCAUGUCACACCUGAACUGGGAACUUCCCAGUUUGAAGUGGGGGUUUUGGGAGAGCUCCCAAAAGAUUUUUUUAUAUUCACUGCUGUCACUAAUUCUUAACAGUGGGUUAUCUCUUAUUUUGUAUAGCCUAGGCAUAGAAUAUAAUUUCGUUUUAAAUAAACUAUUAUUUUUCAAUACCAUG